AUGGCUUGUGCGGCUGCGCUGGUGCUGAAUGCUUCACAGCCCUUGCCGCCCUACCCUCUCAAGCACGAGUGCGGCGAAUGCCAGGUCUUCUACGACCGCCUGGUGCUGCCUGCACGACACCCUUCAGCGCGGUGCCUUUUGAAGGCACAGCGCCAGCCCAUUGAGGCGGUGGACGCUGAGGGUGCGAUGGCGAGCCUGCAGAACGGUCACGUCAGAAAGCAAUUGGUGCAGCACAUGCUGCGCUGUCGCCAAAGGUCAGGGCGACUCUUCUGGAGCAUGAAGUUGCGAGGCCUCGUGACGUCGCUGAGGCCGGAGCAGCUCAUAGAGGCAUUCCUUCUUUGCGCACCAUCACCGUGCUCCUCAGCAGAUGCCAGCGCGUGGCUGGCAUCGACAUACUUGGCAGGGGACAGCCGCGCUGGCGUGUUCCGUCCUGCAGCACCGCAAGCAAGCUGCGCAGGCAAUGGCUUUCUGGAGGUUCCACCACGACUCGCCUUUCCAGCAGAGUCGCAGGAAGCCAUCGCCGAUCUUCUACGUGACAUUGCACCACCUCCAGGAAUGAGCCCGUCCAUCAUGAGCCAUGGACCAGGACACCCCUUGGCCGGUCAAAUAUCUUUUUUCGUGACUCCCGGCUUCAGUGUGGCUGGUCGUGAGAUCCUUGAGCCACCGGGUAGCUGCCAGCGAGGCAUCGCUGCCCUCUUCGCCGGUGCCUGGCGCUUCUCCGAGCGAACAGCCGCCGGCAUCCACCGCCAUUUGCUCCGACCACUUCGCGCAAGGGCUUUCGCCGUGACAAGUGGCGCCCACCGCCAGGACGAACAUCGUCUGCGGCGGCUUUGGCCCACCCUGGCCAGCAUCAAACGGGUGCAGGACCUUUCCGAGAAGGACUUGCGUGCAAGCAUCAAGCCUGCCGCACUGGCGAUCUAUGAGGCCCUGGGCGCUGGAGCGCUGUCGCCGCUCCGUGGCAACCCUGCUGGAGCCAAUCUGCACAGCCUGCGGAAGCUCAUGAUGGUGCUUGAGUUGGCGCAAGACUACGAGACACAGCGCGGCUGCCGCUUCCAGUGGCUGCUUCACAGCCGUUUGGACAUGAUAUGGGUGACCAACCAUCCGCCUAUGGCGUUCUUCGACAAGUCAAAGAUUUGGACUUCGCCGCUCUGGGGUGCCCGCGGCGUUGAACUUGACAACCGGUUCAUCGUCAACGAUUGGCACGCCAUCGUCCCGCGUCACAUGGCCAAAGCUUACUGGGGCCGGUGGAGCCUCAUCCAAAAGGGGUUGGCACCUUGGACGCCAGUGAGUGAGCCGGGCGAGCUGCUAGCGUCUACAUUGAGCUUGCUCCAGGUGCCCAUCGGCCGGUUUGAGGCGAUCUUCUGCUUGGAAAACUGCCACACUUGGACCUGCCAGUUCAAGUCCUGGCUCCCGCCGGAAAUGCGAAGGUCACGCUGGAGGUGGCCCGAUAGCAGGAAACGCCUGGCCGGCCUAGCCCUAGCGCUGGGCCGUGGCGAGCUGCGAUGGGCGCGCGAAGCUGGAGGCAAAGGGGGUUAG